CCGCGAAUCGCGAUUCGUCCUUGCUAGCGUCACGCGUAUCAAGAGAUUGUGUGUGUGGUAUUUUUCAUAAUUCUAAAUAAACUUAAAUCUUUUUAUAUUGGUUUUAAAAGUAAAUAUCAGUAUUAUUAAGCACUAGUUUUAUAAAAUGCAAUCCGGAAGUGGUACUAAAAAUCCGCCGUGGGCUCGGUCAAAUGUUAAUACAAACAUAACCGGCAUGAAUCCGCAAAUAAUGGAUCCGAAUGCCAUGAUGUCACAACAGGGCAUGAUGCCGUUUCAACAAACUCAAGCUGUGUUUAAUCCAAGUAUGAUGCAAGCACAAAGUGGAAUGGCGAUGUCGAUGGCGGGUCAAAUGCCGAUGAAUCAAAUGACUCAAGGUCAAAUGUACCCGGGUAAUGUUGUAGCAUACCCUACUCCACGUGCAAUGAAUGCAAAUAUGUAUCAAAAUAACACGAAUCAAACUCCACAAGGGAAUGAGCAACGUGUUUUUACCGGUACUGUAACGAAAACACACAAUGAUUUUGGAUUUGUGGAUCAUGAUGUUUUCUACCAAACUUCGGUUUGUGCUAAAGGAGUCAUUCCGAAGCUGAACGACAGAGUUCUAGUGGAAGCAACAUAUAAUCCCAACAUGCCUUUCAAAUGGAAUGCAACUCGCGUUCAGGUUCUGCCUAAAAAUGGCCCAAAUCAGAAAGGAAGUAAUGCAAAAUCGAAUGUUUAUAAUGCUGUACCGCCUCCAAAGAAAUCUUCUAGUAUAUCCCGACGUGAUGAUCGCCGUGACGACCGCCCUUCAAGAAGAGAUGAUAGGAAACGUUCACGUACAAGAAGCCGUUCACGAUCCCGAGAUCGUCGCGACAGUCGCAAUCGUCGCGAUUCACCUCCACGCAAACGCCCUGUGGUACACCAACCUUCCCCUGUCAAGUAUAUGGUGAGAGUACCAAGGAUUCCACUUGAUAUUCAAAAACUGGAUGUACCAGCAUUAUCUCAAAGAUACAAUAAUCUUUAUGUACCAUCUGAUUUCUUCAAUGCCCAUGUUAAGUGGGGUGAAACGUUUCCACCACAGACACCAUUUUCUUUGAACAACACAUGUCAGUAUCAUAUAAUGGACAAGGAUAUACCUAAUCCCAAUACAAAUGAUGCUAUACUUGAACCACCCGAUGCAGAUUAUCGAUUUUCAGCUAAGGUUAUGCUUAUUAGUAUGCCAACACUGGAGUCUCUUUACCAAAAAUGUGGACUUACAAAAACUGAUGAUAAGGACAAACGUAGUAGUAAAACACCAUUACAUCCCACUAGGCUUAUAAAAUUCCUUGUAGGGCAAAAAGGCAAAGGGGGUGAAAAUUUCGCUAUAGGUGGACCAUGGAGUCCUUCACACGAUGGAGAAAAUCCAGACAAAGAUCCAGGAGUCUUAGUCAAAACUGCCAUUAGAACUUGCAAAGCUCUCACUGGCAUUGAUUUAUCUCAUUGCACGCAAUGGUACCGAAUGGUGGAGUUUUACUACUGGCGCGAGAGCAGUGGCGGCAAAUCGCGACUCGAGUGUGUGGUGUUGUUCCUGCCCGACGUGUGGUCCGUGCAGCCUUCUUGCGUCGAGUGGACGACGCUCACAGAUCAUUAUAAGGCGGCCGGCGAAGCCGCCGUCAGAGCGCUCGAAGGGGAAGAGCCCGCGUCCGGCGACAACGACGCGCAACCCCCGCAGGAGCUCGCCCCGAUCGCCGCGCCGACCCCGCCGGCCCCGCUGACCCCGCAGGCCCCGCUGACCCCGCAGACGCCGCAGAGCCAGCCAGCGGACGCCGACGCGGACAAAUCCCAAAUUGAAAAGAAGGAUCUCAAUGACAGUACGAUAACUAUCGAUGAGAAUGAUGAUGACGAAGAGGACAAACCUGAACCUACGCAUUAUUCGAAGAUCGAUUUGAGGACAAUUAAAGUGGACCAGCUGAGACAAGAAUUACGUGCGCGUAACGUGAGCUGUAAAGGAUUACGUGCGCAAUUGGUAUCACGGCUAUCAAAACUUAUCAAAGCUGAAGAAGAAAAAGAUUCUAAGAGCGAAGAUGUGAUGGAAGUUGUGGAUGAUGAUGAACCCGAGAAGUCUUCUGAUAAUAUCGAAAUUAAAGACGAUGACAAGAAGGAAGAAAUCAUUGUAGAGGAAACUCCACAAGUCACUGAGGAGAAGAAAACUGUGGAAAAAGACAGCAAAGACGGCAAAGAUGAAAAGAAAGAUGCCAAAGAUAAGGAUGAUAAAGAAGCUGUAAAGAAAGAUAAACCCAAAACUGAGAAGGAAAUUGAGGAGGAGAAGAAAAAGCUGGAAAAGGAGAAGCAGGUACUAAAGAAUAAAUACGAGCUGCCCACCAACGCCCACAUUAUAGUGCACCCGUCGGCAGCAGCGAAAGGCGGCAAGUUUGGAUGCAGUGUUGCUACACUGUCCCUUUUGCUUGACUACCGUGUCACAGAUAAUAAAGAACACAGUUUUGAGCUCUUUGUAUUCGCCGAACUCUUCAAUGAAAUGCUCAUGCGUGACUUCGGUUUUUACAUUUACAAAACUCUGUACACUCUACCCGAAAGAACGGAAGAGGUUAAGGAAAAGGUUACAGAGAAGGCUGAGAAAAAGGAAGAUAAAAAAGAUGAAAAGAAAGAAGACAAAAAGGAUGAGAAAAAGGAAGAGAAGAAAGAUAAUGACAAAGAUAAGAAAGAAGACAAGGAUAAGAAGGAGGAUAAAGACAAAAAAGAUGACAGACGCGAUGCCAGACGUCGCGAUAGACGCGAGUCCCACAGCGACGACGACCGCAGCAACUCGCCGAAGCGUCGCAGCCGCGGCGUAGAAUUACCCCCUGACCCAUAUCUAUUACUAUCACUCGUGUAUUUCGAUACAUCUCGCGGUGGAACCAUCACUAAAAAGGACCUACAGAAUCUGUUCAUGAGCCUCGGCCUGCAACUAUCGCGAUCACAGAUACGAGCUGUACUCGAAAAAGUCUGUGUUAAGGAUAGCUUCAGUUAUAAGUCUCUGCUACAAGCAAUCAAAGAUUUGGCUUCUGGAUCAGUGGAAGCUAUGCAAGACCUUCCUCUGGACACCACUAUUCUUACCAAUGAAGUGCCUGCCCAUAUAGCUGAGUUAGAAGCAGUAAUAGCAUCAGGAAACCGCAACCUACUUCCUGUGUUUGUGCAAGACAAAGAAGAUGCGGAAUCAUCGUUGGCCACCAAGGACGUUAGUGAAACUGGCGUGGUGUCGUACAAGGGGCGCGUGGUGGACGUGGGCGCGCUGGUGGCGAGCGCGGCGCGCUGGCAGGCGGAGCGCGCGCGGCUGCGGGGCGCGCUGGAGGCGGCGCAGGCGCAGGCGCGGGCCGCGCGCGCCGCCGCCGCCUCCACGCAGCAGGCCGAGCGCGGCGCGCACGAGCGCCUGCACGACGCCGCCGCCAACCUGGCCGCCGCGCGCGCGCGCAUCGCCUCGCUCAUGGCUAGCUCAAAAAUAUUCCAUUCAGCACUGAAGAGCAUAAAGACUAAAGUGGAUGCCGUCGUUAACAUUAAAUAUGAAGAUGAUGACGUCGUAGAAGUUGUUAACGGACCUACAAAGGAAGAAAAAGAGAAAAAACCUGAAGUCGCAUCAGAGAGUGUUAAAAGUGCUGACAGCACCGAGACCAAGGAUACCAAGGAAGAAGUGAAAACAGAACAAAAAGCAGAUGAUGAAAAUAAAGAAAAAGACAUUGUUAGUGCGGAAAACAUGGAAAUUGAUGAUAAGGAAUAAAUUCUAUGUUAAUUAUAGGCCCAUUUAUUUCUAUUACCGAUAAAGUUUGUUUUUAACUCAUGGAAAUUUCUUUGUUUUAAGAUUUUGGACAUUACUAGCUUAUAGUGUGACAUUUCAACACAGCUUUUUUCCUAAGUACGGAUAAUGUUUACUUAAUUUUUAUAAGAAACAAUAUUAAGAAGUUUAAAUAGUUUAAAUAAUAGUUUCAAUAGCAAUAACUCGCAAAUAGACUCUUUAUAAAAGUUGUGGUCAAAUCUCACAGGGUGAUUUUGUGCAAAAAAUGCAUACUUAAAAUUAAAACUUGCUUGCUCAUUAUUUUGAGUAAAGUGAAAUUUGUUUAUGGUUCCAUGUUUUGUCCUUUUUUGCAAUUGUUGCUAAAAUUAAUAAAAAUUACCUUGUGAGAUAGAAUGAUACUGUAAUAAGGAUUGUGAUAAGAGAGAAACAGAAUUUCUUUUGCGCGGGUAAUAUAUUCAUUUUCUUUUCCAAAGAUAUUUCAAUGACAAUAAUAAA